AUGAGAUUUCAGAAGUAUCUUAAGCGAAAUGUAUAUGCACCAUACAAAUACAAUUAUUUGGACUACGAGAACCUAAGAGAAAGAUUCAGAAAAGAAGAGUUUACCUCCAAUGAUGAGGAUGAAUUCAUCAUAGAGCUGGAUGCCGACAUAAAGAGGGUCUUUGGAUUUGUUGAGUCUAAGCAUUCCGAGUUUGUCCAAAGGCUGAAGGCGGUGGAGAAAAAGCCAUCCAAAGAAGCAAAGAUCAAAAUAAAGGAGAUGACUGAGGAGAUGCACCAUUUUGCAGAGUUUAUAAGGAUAAACGUUAUAGGAUUCAAAAAACUUCUAAAAAGGCAUGAUAAGCAUACUAGAUACAAGCUUCUUUCUUCCUACAAGCCUAUGCUGAAGAGUAGGAUUAGGUCUAUUGAAGACCUUGACGACUUGAUAUAUAAAUCAAGCAAAGUUUCUCUCAAAGCUACAGAGGUAAAGAGGAAAAAAUCUGAGAGUAAUUGUACGUUUAUAAGGAGAACCGAUAAGUAUUGGGUCCAUAAGGAAAACAUUGUGCCGGUGAAAUUCUAUAUCACCCAGCACCUUCCAAUAUAUGUCUUUUCAAAGGACAAUAAAGAAAAAAGUCCAUAUAGUUCAUGGGACAGGGAGUCGCACGAUACUUGCAUAUCAUCUGUAUACUUCGACAAUGUGACAUUUGAUCUUUAUGGAGAGAGGCUUAAAAAGCUGCAUCACUCGGAGGCCAUUAGGAUAAGAUGGUAUACUUCUAAAAUUCCAGAUGUUGUGUUUGUCGAGAGAAAAAGACAUGAAGAUGGAUGGACAGGCGAAUCUAGUAAAAAGCUAAGGUUCAUGAUAAGUGAAAGCCAAGUCCUUAAGUACAUUAAUGGGGAAAAUGUGUGGGAUGAUGUAAAGAAGUUGAAUGGGGAUGAGGAUGUAAGGGCACUGUACGAAGAAGUUCAAACAUCUAUUGUCAAUAAGGGACUAAGGCCUGUUGUCAGGACGUUUUACAGAAGAAACGCAUUCCAAAUUCCAAACGACUCCAGUGUUAGAAUAAGCCUCGAUACAGAUCUAUGCAUGAUAAAAGAGUGUAGUGAUGCUGAAAUAACUAAUCCAGCCCAUCCCAUCAAGAGAUGGAGGAGAAAUGAUGUGAACUGCGAAUUUCCUUUCAAAAAUAUUCCAAAGAACGAAAUAAUAAGGUUCCCUCAUGCAAUACUCGAGAUCAAAACACAGAGUCUUGAUGAGACAAAGCCCAAGUGGAUUGAAGAGCUUAUUAACGGCCCACUAGUAGAGCAUGUACAUAAGUUUUCCAAGUACUUGCAUGGAUGUGCUGCUUUGUAUCCAUUUAUUCAGGACAUUCCUUACUGGCUCCCGCAGGUGUCUGUUGAUAUAAGAAAGGACCCAUUCCAACCCGAUGUAGACAAGAAAUCCUUUGAGGAUACGGUUCUGGUUGACAUUCCCGCUGAUAGUGACCCUAGCAACAGUGAGAAGCUCAGCCCUAUAGAGGUCCAUGGAAAGAGAAUAUCCAUUCCUGUUCGUGUAGAACCAAAGGUAUUCUUCGCCAACGAAAGGACCUUCUUGUCUUGGGUUCAAUUUGCAAUUUUCCUAGGGGGGAUAGGGAGUGCCCUUUUAGGGCUUGGGGAUGAAAAGGCCAGUUUUUCAGGGCUAGUUUUGAUCUUUGUGGCAGUGAUCUUUUCCUUCUACUCUCUAUAUUUAUAUCUAUGGAGAGCCAGCAUGAUAAGAAGGAGAGAACCAGGGCCAUACGAUGACAUAUAUGGACCUGCCGUCCUUGUAUGCGUAUUCUUGGUUGCAAUGGGACUUUCAGUUUUCUUUAAGUUCCCGUUGAAAAGGUUCUGA